GCGCCGCUCCCCGCCCCCUCCUCUUGCCUCUCUCCCUCCCUCCUCCUCAGCCCCCACCCGCACCAUGAGCAACCUGAAGCCGGACAGCGAGCACAGCACCAGCACCACCGGCACCGGCACCGGCAUCGGCGGCAGCUUGGAAGAGGAGGUCCGGACACUGUUUGUCAGUGGUCUCCCUGUGGACAUCAAACCGAGAGAACUCUAUCUUCUCUUCCGGCCAUUUAAGGGGUAUGAAGGGUCACUGAUCAAGCUCACAUCUAAACAGCCCGUAGGUUUUGUGACUUUUGACAGCCGUGCUGGCGCAGAAGCAGCCAAAAAUGCAUUGAACGGUAUUCGUUUCGACCCCGAGAAUCCACAGACCUUAAGGUUAGAGUUUGCCAAAGCCAACACCAAAAUGGCAAAGAGCAAACUUAUGGCCACACCAAAUCCCACUAGCAUUCACCCUGCGCUGGGCGCACACUUCAUCGCCCGGGAUCCCUAUGACCUGACAGGAGCUGCUCUGAUCCCUGCUUCUCCGGAGGCCUGGGCCCCUUACCCACUGUACACUACGGAACUGACCCCUGCCAUCCCACAUGCUGCAUUCACCUACCCAGCUGCUGCUGCUGCUGCUGCUGCCCUGCAUGCUCAGAUGCGCUGGUACCCUCCCUCUGAAGCCACACAACAAGGAUGGAAAUCUCGUCAAUUCUGUUAGUCCUUCAGUCUUGCCACAACAGCUUGAAACCCCAGCCCGAGUCCCCAAUGGAGCAUCCGGCUGGGGAGAAAGCCAUAGAGUCAAUUUGCAAAUGGUUUUGGUGGGCACCAGCGUUGGUGCUCGGCACUUCUAUCACCUCUGGUGGCCCUUGUGGGGUGCUGCCAUCUGUCCUACCCUCCAAAGACUGUGAAUUAUAAAACCAACUUAAUGGCUUCUGUCCCCUUUUUUCUUUCCUUUAUUCUGACUUCCCAUUCCCACCCUACCCCAGAGGCUCUCCCAAAGCCUGGCUAUAGAGGGCACAAGGUCUCUUGGCUGAGACAAGGAGGCUCAGGGCUGUGGCCAACUGUGGGACAGAGCUGUUUCCAGGCCUCUGCCGCCCAUAUUGUUUUGUUUCUGCAGCUCUGCUUCAAGGAAACAAGACAUUUAAUUUUGCAUGUUUUCUGGCAUGAAUUAAGACAUUUAAACUUGUGUAUGUGCGAGUGUACAGUUUGUUCUAGCGUUAGAGUCACCAUAGCAACAGGUUUUGGCCCAUUUACUGGUCCAUCGUUCCACACCCCCUCCCCCCUUCCCCAUUAUCUCUAGCUUCCAUGAAGAGAAGACUUGGCUUUUAAACUGAGAAAUGGUUACUUGUCCCAGUCUUCUUCCACUUCCCCAGGAUAGGCAAAAUGAAGGAAACACCUGUCCAAUGAUGCACUGGGUUUUCUCUUACAUUUUGCUUCAGGGUCCUCCUCUUUCUCCUGAUGGGCUCUCCCCAGAGAACAGUUGUCCCCUCUCCACUUUCUGAUGGAGCAUGUGCCCUUCCCUGCCUUGUCAGUUGCUGUCCUCCUUUCUGAACUUCCAAACAACCAAAAAAGUGCAAGUAUUUUUGUACCAUGUGUAACAAGGCUAUAUUUAUGCAUCAUAAAGGAUUUCGUGUGUGUGUUUGUGUGCAAUUAAUAAAGAGAAAUGGUUAGCCCUGUCAGAUAAGUUCAUGUUUAGUUUGAAGCUCGAAGAAAGGAGAUUCUAUUCUUCAGUGAUAACCGUUUUUGUCAGGCAUUAGUUUAAAAAAAAUGCAGGAAAAAAAAUUGUGCAAUUUCAUUUUGUUUUUGUGAGCAUAUGUCAUAUUACUGCUUGGUCCUGAAGUGCUUUUACCUAUUACCUACAGCCGUCUCGCUUGUAUUCAGACUUUGGAGAAUAGGUUGCUGUUACCAUUGCUGAUCCUAUGAGAAUGUGAAACUGGAUAAUAUAUGAAAUGCGAAAUAAAGUUAUCAUCCAAGGUGA